AUGACUGAGUUGUUCCGGUCAGCAUUUAAUUAUUUGUCGCAGACGGCAUCAGUAAACGUUAUCGGUAAAUUGGAUCAUCCCCUUGUGGGUACGAACGUUGAGAUUGGCGGAUUAAGGCUGAAAAUUCGUUCUUUAAUUGCUGAAGGUGGUUAUGCAUUAGUAUUUUCGGCCCAAGAUGCACGAGGUAAUUGGUUCGCUUUGAAGCGACAACUAGCUGCAGAUGGUGAAGCUGUCAAAGCCAUCUUAAAGGAAAUCGGUUUUUUGCGAGAGCUAACUAGUCUUCAAUCAGUUUUGCAUUUUGUGCAGGCGGCUCAACUAAGUCCACAGGAGAGCGGUCAUGGUCGAGCUGAAUUUCUUCUUUUGACUGAACUUUGUCCAGGAAGCGUGAUCGAGCUCAUCCAAAAAGGUCCAUUGUCAAUUGGGCAGGUGCUGAAGAUUUUUUAUGCUGCUUGCAGUGCUAUUAAACAAAUGCAUGCAAGAAAACCAUCCAUAACACAUAGAGAUAUGAAGAUUGAAAAUUUGCUUAUUGAUGCAUAUGGUUAUGUGAAACUAUGUGACUUCGGAAGUGCAACAACAGAAGUUGUAACACCAGAUGAAACAUGGUCUGCUUUACAACGAGCAAAGCUCGAAGAGGAGUUAGCUCGGCACACGACUCCAAUGUACAGAGCACCAGAAUCAUUGGAUAUGUAUUCGAAUUUCCCAGUAGGUCCAGCUCAGGAUGUUUGGGCUCUUGGAUGUGUACUAUAUUAUCUUUGCUACAGAAAACAUCCAUUUGAAGACAGUGCGAAACUUCGUAUUAUUAAUGCAAAAUAUUCACUCCCUGAUAUAGAAACUGAAUAUGCCUUGUUGAAUCCAUUUAUUCAAGCAACACUGCGAGUAGAUCCAAGAGAACGCCCAAAUAUGGAGGAUUUAUGUGAACGAGUUGAAGCGCUUGCCACAGCAUUAAGUAUAGAUCUUUCGAAACCUGUUGAAAACCUGGAACUGCUUCAAUUAUCAACAUGCUGUUCUUCAGGUCAGUCACAAAUCGAACCAUCUGUAAAUGAACGUGGAAAAUCAUCGAAACCAAAUAUAUCAAAGCGGUCACCUUCAACGCUGCGAAAAAAUGAUUACGAGCAGACAGCGCAGCAAGCUUCCGCUGUUCUUGGUGCCAUUAAGGGACAGAGCAUCUCUUGGUUCAAGAAUAUCAAAGACAAAACGGCCGCUGUUGCGCAAACAGUACAAUCGACUUAUGGUAAUCGAGGACCAGAUAUAACCUUUGUUACAUCUCGUUUAGUAAUAGCGCCACUUGCUGACUGUAUACCUGAAGCACUAAUUGCACAGGCUGAAGAGACAAUGCGGGCUCAUAUUAUGGAUCAAGCUCGAGGACAGUUCACAAUUUAUAAUUUAUCAAAUCGGCAUUUGCGGUGUGAUUAUGGUCAUCUGGUAGAAACGCCUUUACCGGCUGUUGGAAGUGGUUUAACACCCACUGUGAACUUUUUGUUGAAUCUCUGCAGGAAUAUGGUUUUAUUUUUGAAGCAAAAGGAAACAAAUUUUAUUUUGGUUACUGGUCCUGAAGUUCAGUGUUUAUUGGUAGCAGCGACUCUGUUAUUAUAUGCUCGACUUGUUCCAAGGCCACUGUCAGCACUGGAGUUAAUUUGUACCAAAAGACAACCACCAAAUCUUCCGCCAUCUUACCAUCGUCAGCUUGAUAUAGUAAAAACAGUUGUUUCUAUGAACUCAUCUGAUUUAUUUGCAAUAGUUCACAAUAGGCGGGUAGUACUUCAGUCACUACUGAUCUCACCUGUGCCACUGUUUAAUCGAGUUCGAAGCGGUUGUCGACCAUUUGCUGAUGUCUAUGCUGGUGGUACGAAAGUGUGGUCCACCUGCAAAAGCUAUGAAGAAUUAAAGUCUUUCGAAGUUCCUGAAUCGUUUUUAGUAGAUCUUCCAUUAGGAGAUAUUCCAGUUGGUGAUGAUGUGCAGGUAAUUGUUUAUCAUGCACGAUUGACAAAGAUGCAAAAUCGAAUGCAGCAGCAUUUGAUGUUUUCAUUGAGCUUUCAUGCUAAUUUUAUUGACCCAAAUACUCACAUGUUGGAAUUUAAUCUUGGUGAUCUUGAUCGUCAGUCUGACGAUUCGAGAUUUGGAGUGUCGUUGAGGGUUGGUUUGCAGUUGAAAAUUGAUGAACUUGACAGAGGAUUUAAUGUGCGAGAUCCACCAGCAAUUCUUAGUUAUGAACCAAAACCGAUCUCAAAAAUGCUGCUGGUAUCCGGACCUGACGAAUUUGAUGCAAUUGUACGGCAUCUUGGUCUUUGCAAUCAUAAGUUAAAUCAACAAAAUCUUCCGAAAAAACCACUUCCUCCACAGAAAUACGUCGUGGAACAACAUAAAUCAACAAAGGAAGAAGCAGUGGAAUUGACCAGCCAAACUACUCGAUCUUAUCCUCAGGACUCAUUCUUUUCCACUUUAGAAUGGUUGGAUAGCACUGACAACCCACAACAUGCUUCUCAGAAUAUCAUGGAAACUGUUCUAAAUAACUCACAACAGUGUGAUAUCAGACAGUCAUCGGAACACUCUACUCAUUUAAAUCCAUCGUUAAUACAACGAGCAGAAGAUGCCGAUGUCCCGGGACGUAUGUGUGGUCUGCAUAUUAAUACUGCUGAAGAGGAAAUUGGUGAUGAUCAAUAUAAAUUCGGUUGUGAAGGACAACCGGAAUCUGUUGAGAAAUCAAAGAUUUUAACUGCUGAAAAAGAUGCCGAUUUGCUUGGAUUAGAGAUUGAUUCUCAUGUUUCGUGUUCGUCUAAUCGUGCGCAAUUAGUGAAUGAUGUUAAUGGUGAUACUUUACUGUUAACAAAUAUUUCCGGACAUGAUGCAGCAAAUAUAUCUUUAAACAUACCUGACAAUGCUUCAUCUAACUCUAACGUUCACUUCGGAGACAACGAUUUCUAUAAGCACGGAAUGCAACGUAAUAAUGCUUGUGCACCAAUUUUUUCCACUGUAGAUGUUAUGGCUUCGACAUCGGAAAUGAACACUGAUCCAUUUUCUGAAUUUUUAGUAUGCACAAAGAAUACAAUUCCGUCACUGAAAAAUAGCUCAGUAGAAGCAAGUAAAUCUGCGAUGAGUAAUCAGCAACAACCCAGUUACAGUCGAGCAUAUUUUGACACACUCAAUUCCGUUGGAGGUGGCAAGCCAAAAAAUUUUGAGAACGCGUUUGAUGAUCUUCUCACUUCUCAGGGUUUUCAAACGUCUUCAAAAACUAUAAAAUCUUUAGAUGAAAUGAAGCGACAAGAAGAAAUUAGGGAGCUGGAUCCUAUUGAAGUUAAGGUGAAAGAAUGGACGAACGGAAAAGAAAGAAACAUCAGAGCAUUGCUGGGGUCUAUGAACAAUAUCUUAUGGCCGAACGCUGAGAAUUGGGUUCAACCAAGUAUUGGCGAUUUGCUAACUGCUCAACAAAUAAAAAAGUAUUACCAUAAAGCGUGUUUGGUAAUACAUCCGGACAAGCAGGUUGGCACUGAGAACGAGACGUUAGCGCGUGCCAUAUUUACGGAAUUGAAUGAUGCAUGGACAGCUUACGAAAAUGCUGGCUCACAAUCCAUUUGA